UUAAUUUUUAUGUUAUCUAAUAUUAAUUUUUCUCCCACUGUUGAAAGUUGCUGGACCUGUGAGUGUGUGUAUGUAUUUGCUUGUUGAUGGAAAAUUCCAUUGGUUAUCUUCCUUAUCAGUUAGAGUUGAGAGCAGAACAGGCACGGAUCUGAAGAGAGGGAAGAAGGAGCGUUUGGGAGAUGGUGUCAUGUAGCAGAGUGGUUAAUGAAAUGGGAUGCGGUAGUGGUGAUGAUCCGGAUUCGGCCGGUGAAAUGCCCAAAAUGGCAGGCGACGACGAGGAAAAAAUGCUUGACAUAGGAAUGGAGGAGGAUGAGUUUGAGGGUUUUCGAUAUAACCAGAGUGAAUUCAUUGCCAACACGAAAUCUGAUGCAUUACCGGUUACUGCGGCGGAUGUACUUAAGAUGGAGUUUAAUAGUCCAGUGGAAGCCACUAUUUUCUAUGAAGAGUAUAGUAGGGUGAAGGGUUUUGCGAUACGACAAGGAAAGAAGUUGAAAAAUAAGAAUGGUGAUUUUGUUCAUUACACAUAUCUAUGUAACAGACAAGGGUUCAGAUUUUGA